AUGGCGGAGAUCCCGGUGAUCGACUUGCGCCAGGCCGGCUCGGCGCCCGAGGAGUCCGCGCAGCUGCAAGCCGCGUGCGAGCGCCUGGGCUGCUUCCGGAUGACCGGCCACGGCGUGCCCGCGGGGCUCCUGGGCGAGAUGAAGGACGCCGUGCACGCGCUCUUCGACCUCCCUGACGACGCCAUGCGCCGCAACGCCGACGUCAUCGCCGGCAGCGGCUACGUCGCGCCCAGCCCCGCCAACCCGCUCUACGAGGCCUUCGGGCUCCUCGACGUCGACGCCUUUUGA